GUUACAUACGCGUGUCAAGCGCAUGCACAGCCAAAGCUUCCUCUUGUUCCUAUGCCGUUCCGCCCGCCAUCUCUUCAACAACAGUAGUUAAUACAAUUUGAAUAUCUAUUUCUAUAACUGUACUGUGAUACGAUAUAAAAUAUGGCGGUAAUCCCGCCAGAAAUAGGAUCAGUCGUAUCUAAGAGUAUUCGCACAUGAACGUUGUUUGUAGUUUAUGUAUUAUUUUGUAAAGUAGAAAGUGAAAUCUAAGAAAACUUACAAAAAUGGGCGACAAUCAAGACUCAGAAGGAAAAGGAAAAGGAAGAGGAAAUGUUAUCUUACAAAUGAUAAAGAACAAAGAAAAAGCUGAUGCAGAGAGUUCAGCAGCCACCAGUACACCUGUAGUUCAACAUGAAACAAGGAAUAUGCCACAAACCAUUAACUUUUCUACGAUGGGAAGAGGAAGAGCCAGUUUAUUAGAUAUGGUUAAAACAAAAACAUUAGAGUCUUCAAGCACUAAACCACAAAUUAUUCCUGGUCAAGGUAGAGGGUCUAUACUUAGCCAAAUUAAACAUAGUUUGAGUGCACAACCGUUUGAACGGUCAAAUAUUCCUGCACCAUCUGAUGAUACUGCAGGAGUAUUAGGUAAAUUAUCAGAUAUGACACUAGACAGUUGCAAUACAUCUAGUGCAUCAUUCCAAAAACCUAAAUUGAUUCCUCAACAGGGAACUGGGGGAAAACCGGUGCAGUUAAGUGCAAAUUAUAUAAACCUCAAAUUGGAUGCUGGGAAAGGAUUAUUCAAUUAUGAAGUUAAGUUUAAUCCUGAUAUAGACUCUAGACCUCUUCGCAGAAAACUUCUUAAUCAACAUUUACAAGCUCUUGGACGAACCAGAGUAUUUGACGGCGUUAUGCUCUAUUUACCUCAGAAAUUACAGCAAGACAUUACCAUUUUCAAAUCUACACAUCCUUUGGAUGGGACAUCAAUAAUAUUGACUGUAAUAUAUAAAAAAGAACAAAGUAUGACGGAAAAUAUUCCAUUUUUUAAUGUUUUACUCGGCCGCGUUAUGCGAGCUCUUAGCUUAGUUCGCAUUGGUCAACAUAAUUUCAAUCCUAAGGGGAUACGUUCGGUACCGCAACAUAAGUUAGAGGUGUGGCCUGGUUACGUCACAGCUAUCAGUGAAUACGAAGGUGGUUUAAUGCUGUGUAUAGAUGCAAAACAUCGUGUUAUGCGUACAGAAACAGUACGUGAUAUCAUGAUUAAUCUGGGGAACAAACCAAACUUUAGAGAUGCUGUUAUGAAAGAAAUAGUUGGUUUGUCUGUAUUUACAAGGUACAAUAAUAGAACUUACCGUGUCGAUGAUAUUGCGUGGGACAAAGACCCAUCGUAUUCUUUUGAUAAAGGAGGACAACAAAUAACAUUAUUUGAUUAUUAUAAACAACAUUGGAAUUUAAAAAUACGAGAUCCUAAACAACCGCUAUUAGUUCAUCGUGCGAAAAUGAAAUCGCCAACGGGUGAACCACAAGAACAGUUGAUACUUUUAAUUCCGGAGUUAUGUUACAUAGCAAGUUUAACCGAUAGUAUUCGUUCAGACUUCAAAGUAAUGAAAGAUUUAGAUGUAUUGACUAAAAUGACACCUAACGCUCGUCGCGAUGUAUUUAAACAUUUCGUACAAGAAGUGCAGAAUAAUGAUAUUCCAAGAGAAAUAUUGGCUGAAUGGGGUUUACGACUGGAAUCAAAUUUAAUUGAUUUUACAGGAAGAGUUUUAGAACCUGAGGAAAUAAUCUUUGGUCAGAAUAGGAAAUUUAGACCACCAAAUCAUAAACCUGCAGAUUGGGGUUCUGUAGUUUGUAAGAAUUCUAUGUUACGAAGUCCAAAUUUAAACCAAUGGUUCGUAUUAUUUUCUCAAAGAGACACAAGGUGCUCACAAGAAUUUGUUGAUAUGUUUAAAAAAGUGUCAAAGGCAAUGGGAAUGGUUGUCAGAGAUCCACAGAUUAUUUGCCUGAGAGAUGAUAGGACGGAAACGUACCUACAAGAAUUACGCAGAAAUAUUCAGCGUAAUAUAAAUUUAAUGGUUAUUAUAUUUCCUACAAAUCGAACUGAUAGAUAUUCUGCUGUAAAGAGAGUAUGUUGCGUAGAAAUGCCUAUACCUUCUCAAGUAAUUAUGUCGAGAACUAUCUCUCGUGGUGAUAAGUUGAAAAGUAUAACAGAGAAGAUUGCUUUGCAAAUUAAUUGCAAAAUAGGCGGAGCUCUUUGGGCAUUGGCUAUACCAAUGGAUAAUUGUAUGAUAUGUGGAAUAGAUGUGUACCAUGGAGGUACUAGUCAAUCAACAAGAGGAAGUGUUGCAGGUUUUGUAGCGAGUCUUGAUAAGUUACUAACAACUUGGCACAGUAAAAUUUGUCUACAAAGUCGUCAUCAAGAGUUAGUAGACAUGCUUCAAAUUUGCUUGAUUUCAGCGUUAAAAGCCUAUUAUAAGCAUAAUAAACGUUACCCAGACCGUAUUAUUGUUUACCGAGACGGUGUUGGUGACGGUCAAAUCGACACUGUUGCUAAAUAUGAAGUGAAACAAUUGUUAGCAACAUUUAAAAAUAUAGAACCAACUUACCAGCCAACGUUAACUGUUAUAGCAAUUCAUAAACGUAUUAACACACGAUUAUUCGCAAAAUGUAACUCAGGUUUGGAAAAUCCGCUACCGGGAACAAUUGUGGAUACGUGUAUAACACGACCUUCUAUUUACGAUUUCUUUUUGGUGUCACAAAAUGUACGAAUGGGUACAGUCUCACCCACACGUUAUAUUGUUGUUUAUGACAACAAAAAUAUGAAGGCAGAGCAUAUACAACGAUUAACGUACAAGCUUUGCCACUUGUACUAUAAUUGGCCAGGCACUGUAAAAGUUCCUGCCCCUUGUCAAUAUGCUCAUAAGCUUGUUUCUCUUGUUGGACAGAAUAUACAAAUAGAACCACAUGAAACUCUUUCUGAUACGUUGUUCUACUUAUAAGUUACUUUCGUUUUUGAUAUGAUAUGAAGUUGUUAUUAACUCUUUCGUUAUUAACUACUUAGCUCUCGAAUUUAAUAAUUCUAAUUAGACUUAUUUUGAUUAUUUUGGAAUCUAUAUCUUUAUAAUUCGCCAAACAUAUAUUAAAUGAAAAUACCUCGCAUAGAAAGCUAAUAAUUUACAUACUACAAUUAAGUAGCAGAUGUUGCAAUCUAUUCAUGAUGAAAGUUUCAUGUGUCAUUUGUUUUGUACUAUAACAAAUUUUUUAUCGCCUAAUAGACCUAAUUUAUAUUACGUAAACCUAUACAAAGUCAAGAUACAUCUUUAUAUGCAUAUUUUGCAACAGUACUGAAGCAUUUGUAUAUACAGGGUGAGGCACCUAUCUCGAUCACUUCGAAUAAUUACUUAACGGUACAGUUUAUGAAAACGUUGAAACGUGGGAUUUAAAGGUAUCAGAGAGUACAUCUUAUAAGCUGUAUUUAGCAGUGUUUAGCUGACAUUGUUUAUCAAUAUGUUACGUACUCUUACUUUGAUAGAGUCGUCUACGAUUUCCGUGAUAGAAUUACGGAUAAAUAACGUAGUAGAAGUAUAAUCAUAACUAAAUUGCUUAUGUUAAACAUUUUAAUUUUUAUCAAGUGUUUAGAUACUCAAAAUGAUGGUCGAGAGAGCUGCCUCACCCUGUAUAAUAACAUUCCUUAGGAGUAUAAAGAACAACAACUUGAAGUAUAAAUUUAUUUUCUAUUUUUAGCAAGUACAAAUAUAAAAUAUUUUUAUAUUUAUUUUGUGUUAUAGGAGAAAACAGUAAUCAUAUUAUCAGUAUUCCUUUAACCCUAAGAAGACGCAGGCUGUUGAUUUCAUAGACGGCGAUGGCUAAGUCUAUUCAGAUCUUUACAUUUAUUUUUCUAUUAGGUCGUGUAGUAUGAAAUAUCGGAUUUUGCAGAAAAAAGAAAACCAUAUUACCAUGCUGCUUAUUUUGCAAAAAAACAUCACCGAAACGAAAUUUUGUAAAUCAACGCUGCAUUGUUCUUUCAUGCACAGUAUUGCCCCAAAUGCUUUGUUUAUAUUUCCAGCGAUUUUUGCAGCAUUAUUUUCAAAUUUGAAUUCAUAUAAGAAAAUUACGUGAAUGUUGGCGAUAUUCAUGUCUUCAAAAAAUGAUACAAAAAAUAGUUAUUAUGCACAAUUCGGAGACUUUUUUGCAAAAAAUUACUUUGAUAAUCGACAAUGAAACUGUUUAAGAGAUUAUAUGAAAAACAAAGAAAUAACAACAGGAGUACAAACGUUUAUGAGCAAAGAAAAUCCGACAUUUUAUAUUACACGAUCUAAUGCUUUCAAACGCAUUUCUUUGGAAUGUGUUUAUUUUCAUGUUAACACUAUAACCGUACCGGGAAACGGUCAAAUAACCGAAUUUAAAAUGCUGCGUUUUCUUUCGUUCAUUCUACUUUAUAUCAAUUUCUAUAUUGUCCGAUUAAUCAGUUUUUCAAUUUUUGUUUUUCGCUUUGUUUCUUUUUCCUGGAAGAAAAUUUAUCAUAUCUAACUUGUUUACCCUUAUUUCGUAGUCAGUUAUUUGACUAAUCACGCUAGGAAAAGUACCGGUACAGUUAGCGUUAAAGUUAGCUAUCAAAAGUUCAAAAGUUAAAUGAAGUAUGUCAAAAGCUGAGUAAAAUAAAAUAAAUUUAGACGUCGCCGUUGGAGGUUUAAGAUAUAGUAAAUUACUCGACAAAUUAGAUUUAUUAUUAAUAUUAUUUUACACUGCCUCCAACUGUAUAUUUCUUAAAAUUAUAUAAACGUAAACUCUAUAU